ACGCGACCCGCCGUGAUCUUGCCUCGCAACAUCAAUAAUCAGUCGCGUCGAAACGGUGGGAGCCUAUCCAGAGUAGGCAUGGCAGGGUUUGCGGGGAAGAUCCGAAGUCAUGGGUUGUGAAAAGGGUCCAAUGUCAAGAACGGCAAACACCGUUUAGCCUUUUAGCCGAAGAAACGAAAACACUCCAGAUGGUAAGGCCCCGGAUCAGCAAAGUCCCAUUGACCAGCCCUGGUUGGUCGUCGCCUCGGUUUCACGCUCCGAUGAUCCGUGGCGAUGAGAAGGCACUUCUCCGAGCCUUUUUGUGGAGUUUGGACUAGAGUCGCGUUAGACUGACGACCGUAUAUAUUCUUUUGCGAGCAUCUUUUGCAGCCAAGGUUAUCAUUGCGACAGAAAACCAACAAUGCCUUCCUCUACAACAAACGGGUCGGCUCACGGCCUUACAAACGGCCACACAAAUGGUCACCAUGCUGCAGGACUAGAUCUGACUGUGCUUGGGCUGAACUCGGGGACGUCGAUGGAUGGCAUUGAUUGCGCAUUAUGCCGGUUUCGACAAGAGUCUCCCGAGUCGCCAAUGCAAUUCGAGCUUUUGGCGUACGACGAAGUGCCCCUGGCGCCCAAAAUCAAGACGCGUGUGAUGAACAUGAUUUUGCACAACAAAACCACACCUGAGGAACUCUCGGAAGUCAACGUUCUGUUGGGUGAGACCUUUGCAGCCGCUGUGAAGGAGUUCUCUCAAAAGCACGGAGUUCCCUUGGAAAAAAUUGAUGUUCUGGGAUCUCAUGGGCAGACGAUUUGGUUGCUCAGCAUGCCGGAGCCUGGACAGACCAGGUCUGCAUUGACCAUGGCUGAAGGUGCUUUCCUUGCUUCGAGAACAGGUAUCACAUCAGUCACCGAUUUCCGAGUUUCGGAUCAAGCCGCAGGUCGGCAGGGGGCGCCAUUGAUUGCAUUCUUUGACUCGCUUGUCCUUCAUCACCCUACCAAGCUCCGAGCCUGCCAGAAUAUUGGUGGCAUAGGCAAUGUCUGCUUCAUCCCUCCUGACAAGGAUGGCAAACUCAACCCUGAGUACUUUGACUUUGACACCGGUCCGGGUAACGUCUUCAUCGAUGCCGCGGUGCGAUAUUUCACGAAUGGGGAACGGGAAUAUGACAAGAACGGCGAGAUGGGUGCUGCAGGAACAGUGGAUCAGGAUAUGGUGGAUGAAUUUCUGCGGACUCAUCCAUAUUUCGCCCUGGAACCGCCAAAGACCACAGGGCGUGAAGUGUUUCGGGACACCAUUGCCCACGACCUUAUCGAACGAGGCAUAGCCAAAGGAUUGUCACCGAACGACAUUGUUGCCACGAUCACCCGAAUCACCGCCCAGGCCAUUGUCGAGCACUAUCAGAGGUAUAUGCCGCGGAAGUAUGGUCCUCUUGCCGAAAUCUAUAUGUGUGGUGGAGGAGCCAAAAAUCCCAACAUCACACGGCAUUUGCAAGCAGCUUUUCCCGAAACCCGGCUCUUGAUGCUCGAUGAAGCUGGAAUCCCGGCGGACGCAAAGGAGGCAAUCACAUUCGCGUGGCAAGGUAUGGAGGCGGUGGUUGGCCGAAGUAUUCCAGUGCCGAGCAGAGUCGAGUCGCAAAGACAGUUUGUGCUUGGAAAAGUCAGCGCUGGAGACAAUUAUCGGAAGGUCAUGAGGCAUGGUAUGGCCUUUGGCGCAGAGAGAGACCAUCUCGAGCCGGUAACGGAGUUGGUGAAUUAUGUGGAGGGUAAGGUGUUUGACAACAAAUGGUAGAAGGGAUCAUUUGAGCAGAGAGCGUGCAGGCGUCGGGAGCGAUGAUAUUUGCAUGUGUUUACUCGUUCGCAGUUUCCCACACUUGGUAGUCGGCUUCGUAUUUCUGUUUUUCAACCACCACGCAGGCAUCAU